UUAGAUGCAGGAGUUCUCAGUAACCAGCAUCUUAUUGGUACACCAGUGGAGAAUUUAAUUCCGGGAUCGAGAGUGAAGAGGGCGGUCAUGAAUGUCCACGCCUUUGUGCUUUCUCCGUCAUAGGUAGCGUAUAUUCCUGGUGGGAGCUGGUGUUUAAAGCAGUGACUGGAGGGCCAUUUGGGGCGUAUGAUCUAUUUCUGUCAAAUAACACGCGUAACACAAACAACAUGGCAGCACAGCAACUGACCAAUCAGGUUUUAGAUCACUACAAAUCUGACGUCAUGAAUGACUUGCAAAAUAACGGUAUAUCUAAGAUACGAGUCUCCUAUUACUAUAACGGGGUGGAGGCGAAGUAUUUUGUUUUCAAUGCCACGGGGGCGACCAGAACGGACUGGUUUAGUCGCUACAGACUACUGGAAACUAACUACGACAUUUCAGAUUUCAUUAUAACAACAGGAAAACCCGGAGAAUAUUUCAGUAUCGCAGGUGACACCGUCAGCGCGCCUUCAAUAAAUCGUCACUUCUACAUCAAUGAGGGGUACUAUGGAUGCUCUGGUGACCUGGGAUGGACACUUAUGGUUGACGGACCCGGGCCCUGCCCCAUGGAUUGGGAAACAUCAACAAAAGUUUACUUUGUGAACACGCUCUCCUACUCGUUGAUGCCAGGAUUGACGGCGGAUUUUAUGGCGAUACUCGUAGAAAGAGAGAUCUGCAACAAAGAAAGUUCUUCAUCUCCCAGUAAUGAGUUCUUGUCCAUCAAUGAGACCGAGGAAAUACAAAGAAGAAUAAGUUCUAUGAAGUCCAAUCUGACUGUUCCUGUUAAUUCUACGUCACAAUACAUACGCACUAAAACCUGCGCAGAAGAUGACCGCUUCUCGUCACGUGCUAUUGGAACAGCACUCGGAGCAGGUCUUAUUUCCCUUCUCGCUGCUCUCAUUUUGUUUCCAGAUAUCAAAAAGGUCAUCUAUUUUUCAUUUCAACAGUUGACAGCUGUUUGCAAACGAAACGAUGCUGAUAAAACGCAUACUUAAGAAAUCAAUUACUAAUAGCGAUUCUGUGCUUUAUUUGAAUUAGAAUAUGAAUCAAACUAAAAAAAAUUCGAACUGUGCCAUUUUCGUAGUAAUAUAUGUAGCUGUGAGGUUACAUCACUUGUCAUGUGGAAUAACAUUUAUAUAUAUUUAUAUUAAUAGUGUUAAAUAAUUUUUUUUAAAUGUUUGGAAUCGGUAUUUUACAAUAAGAUGAUGAAAUUGAUACAUAUACAUUGAAAGGGAACAUUACCAAAGAAUUUCUCGGCAUGAGAGAUUAUAUAUAUGCCUUAGAUGCAACAACAAUUCAGUGGAUGAUGAAAAACAUUUUUUUAUUCUCAUGUAGUCAUUUAUCAGAAAAAAGGGUUAUUUUAUUCAUAAUGAUAGACAAAUCAUGUAAGAAAUUUGUAAAGAUGGACAGUGAUCAAAGGCUUAUCUGGCUAAUGACCAAUGAAGAUGAAAAUAUCCUCAUCCAAAUUAGUAAGAUGAUUUUGAACAGUGAAAUAUAAUACUAACAGAGGAAUAUAAUACUACAAGUAUUGCAUUUCAUUGCAUUGUACACAUUUUCUUUUUUUCUUCUUCAUGUUUUACACUUGUAAGCUGUCUUGGUUAUUGGGAUUACAAGACCAACAAUCUGGUAAAUAAUUUAUUACCAGACUGUUAACAAUCACUGUUAUUUGUGCCCCCUGUAAUCAAGUCAACAAUUCAUGCUUUCGUUUAACUUUUUUUUUGUUUUAUUCAUAUUGUAUAAUUGUUUUCAUUUAUAUAAUUAUUCUAUUCUAACCUUCCUGCUUUAGGCAUAAAACAUUCAGAACAAUUGGAUCCUGCAUUUACAUGUGUAUUGUACCUGUAUACUGUAUUUACCCUGGUACUAAACUCUUGUACUGAUAUUGAUUACAAUUUUAUAUGUAUUCACUUAACAUUAUCAUUAUCCACUGUCUCUGAAACUGACACUGUCCUUAGAUGUGUGAAGCAGUUUGGUUAUUUGUUAUUGUAUAUUUCAUUUUGUUGAUUUAAAUCUUGUCUGCAAUAAGUAUUUCAUAUAUAAUUAUAGAUGUGUGCAGUGCAGAAAUGUGAACUCUGACAGUACUAGUACUUCUGAAUAAUUGUUAUUUAUUGAUGUUGUUAUAAUUAAUUGCAUGUUAAACCGUACCUGCCCCCGAGGGCCCUUGAUUGAUGAAUAAACAUAUUAUUAUUAUUAUACACUUCACGUACCUAACCAUUUUAGGUGUUCUUUGAAAUUAAGGAAUAUUAAAAUGCGAUAUGGGUCAAGGUCAUGUUUAUUGUGAUUUGCUGUAUGGCAAUACUAUUCUGAUGAUAGGGUAACAUUGUUAUUUAAUAUCACAAUCAUCUUCACUAGCCUAGUGUUCCAUUCUCUUACUCUCAUAUGGUGACACUUCGCUUGUGAAGACGAUAGUAGGAGAAUCAAACACUUGACUAGCGAAGAUGAGAGUAAAAGAAUCGAAUCAGACACUUGGCUACCGGAGACGUAAAUUACAAUCAACAGGUAAUCUAUUUUCUGCUGCUCUGAACUAAAGUCUAUAUGUUAUCAUUUGCAUUUGUUAUACUGUAUCAUUUAAAGCCUGUAAUUAGUCAAUUGUUGUCACAUAAUUAUGUUAUACAGACGCCAUUAAACCUUGCUCUACUAAAGAUACAAAACAUUUAUAAACUCCAAAGGUAAAGGAAUUUAGUGUUAGUAGGAUUGGGUUAAUAUAUAUUCUAUUUAAUAUAUCAAGGAUGAAGCAAGGCAUUAACUAUUUUAUAAGCGUUUUGUAACAGAAUGAUGUGACAAACACAAUUCACAAGCUUUUUACUGUUACAAUCUUGUGCUUGAAAGUGUUUAGUGAAUCAUGAUAAAACA